GUAAAAGUGCCAUAUUUCUUUAUUUUUUCUUGGAGACAAAGGAAAAAUGUCAUUUUAUUUAUUUAAUUAAAUUCAAUUCCGCUCUCUUCUCUUUCCCCUCUUCCCAUUUUUUUUUUUAUCUGUACCAAAUUAUCGGCUACCAUAUCCUUCGAUCCCGGUCCUGCUGUCCUAAUACUUCUUUCAACACCAAAUUUGUUAAUUCGCGGCGCCUAAAUUCAAUUUCAAAACUUCUUCUUCAGCUCAAAAUCCCUAUUCUUUUCCGUCCCAACCAAACCCUGGAUUUACAGCCAACCAAUCCUUAAUCUGUUCUUCUUUUCUUACAAAGUUAGUUGCGUUUUGAUUCAUUGUUUAUUUUGGGUUAUAUCGUUGGAAAUUGGUACUUGAAAUGCCGCCAUUUUCGUCUUAUUCGAAGGUCAUAGGAUCCUUUGUAUCACGCAGAAACGGUAUAACACACCUGGUUAGGCUCGCUGAGAACGGUGGGCAGUCACGGAAAUGGCAUCAGCUUCGGUGCUUUAGCGGUAUCGAAACUCCAUUGGUGGGCCGCAGUCGAGAGGGUGUUUUUACUCCGAACCCGAUUUCUUGCCAUGCUAGUACUGUUCAAGGAAGGAGAUUUCUUGGUUGCGGUGAUGGUGAAGAGGGCGGUGUUCUAUCCAAAAUUUAUGAGGAGAAGCGCGUUUUGGGGUACUCUCCGGAGCAGUUAUAUAAUGUUGUCGCCGCUGUUGAUUUGUAUCACGACUUUCUCCCCUGGUGUCAGCGUUCUGAUAUACUUAAACAAUAUCCUGAUGGAUCUUUUGAUGCUGAACUGGAGAUAGGCUUUAAAUUUUUUGUUGAGAGUUAUGUGUCUCAUGUAGAAUUAGUCAAGCCAAAGAGGAUAAAGACAACUGCUUCAGAUACUACACUUUUUGACCACUUGAUUAACAUCUGGGAAUUCAACCCUGGGCCAGUUCCAGGAUCUUGCAGCGUUUACUUCCUGGUAGAUUUUAAGUUUCAGUCACCACUUUAUCGACAGGUGGCGUCCAUGUUUUUUAAGGAUGUCGUUUCUAGAUUGGUUGGCUCAUUCAAUGAGCGAUGCCGAAUAAUAUAUGGACCAGCUGCUCGAGUUCUUGAAAAUUCCUACGAGCAUGGCGUCUGAGAGUUUGCAAAUAUGAGGUAGCUUUUCUUUUGCAUUCUUCCUGGUACCCUUUGCAGCUAUACUGAUGCUGUUUCACAGAUGAAAGAGUUGUAACUCAAUUUUGUCCUCACUAAUUUCAUGGAUCAUUUUGGUCUAUAAAUGUUUGAUUUUAUGUCAUACAUGUAUUUAUACCAGCUUAUUUAUGAUGUCCGAGGAAAAUUGGGAAAUACCAUUUUUUUUCCGUUAUUGUUAUUAUUGUAUUGGUUGGCAGAUAAAUGAAAGUUUCAUGUCAUACUAAA